UCGAUCUAACACCUGAGUCAAACACGCUCUCUCUUAAAUAUGGCUUGUCAAAGAGCGGAGGACACAAUUUCCCCCUGCUUCUCUCUCUUUUUUGUUGAUCAAUGGAGGAAUUUGAUUGAAACUCAUCUGCGUGCUCUUUGGGUUUUUGUACGGGAUCGACUCUGAUCAAUAGAUUUGGUCAGAAUCAUCGUUGCUUGGUGUUUGAGGAAAAACGGAACGGUCUCUUGGUCUUCUAAACACCCUCUGAUUGCAAAAUUAGGGUUUUCAUUUUUGGGGCAUUGAGUAGAAAGGAUCAUGGGCUGUCGAAUUUUCUAGUUUUUAGAUUCCUUGGAUAUGAAAUUGGGCUUUUUUAGGCAAUAGAGAAGGCAACUUUUGUAUGUUGUUAAGGCUUUCCAGUAUUUAGAGCCCUUGGGGUUCAGGGAUUGGGUUUUCCUUUUUGGGCAAGAAAACAUUAUUGGGUUCUUGAAAUUUUUUAGCUCUGAGAGUUCUGGGCUGGAAUACUGAUUCUCUUUCUUUUGUUUGGGUCACAGGGGAAUAAAAGAUUAGUUAUCGAGAAGUUAUACAAGAUUUUCGUUUAUUUUUGGGUUUGUGAAUAACAUGGAUAGCGGUGGUUGGAUGCCUGGUCAAGGCCAGGGUGAUCCAGUUCUAACAGAUGCUAACGAUUGGAGAACAGAACUUACAGCCGAAAAUAGGCAGAAGAUUGUGAAUAAGAUAAUGGAGACUCUUAAGAGGCACUUGCCUGCAGGUGGCCCCGAUGGACUGUCUGAACUCAGGAAAAUUGCUGCAAGAUUUGAAGAGAAGAUCUUUACUAGUGCUGAGCACCAGGCGGAUUAUUUGAGGAAAAUUUCUCUAAAGAUGCUCACUAUGGAGACAAAAUCUACCAUGGGGAAUUCUAUGGCAUCAAACUCUACUGGUGGAAACCAAAAUAUGCAAGAUCAAGCUUCGAUUGCCCUACAAUCGCAAGUGCGCAACCAAGGCCAACCCAUGUCAAUGCCCUUGGCUAAUCAAGUGCAAUCACGACAACAACUUCUACAACAAAAUCUUUCAACUACCAUCCCAUCGGGUGCUAUGCAAGGCUCGACUAAUUUACCGCCUGCCCUCUCUACGAUGUCGACCCUAGCUCAGCCUGCCAUCUCAAAUGUCAUCAGCCAGAGCUCUUCGCUCCAGAACUCAAUGACCGGACUUUCUCAAAACUCGAUGACCGGCACAGUUGGGCAUGGAGUAGUACCAAACCAGAACAUGUUCUCAAACUCUCAAAGGCCUCUCCAAGUUAGACAGCACCAGCUUCCACAGGUUUCUCAGCAACAACCGCAAAACCAGCAGUCCCAUGUAGUUUAUCAGCAACAGAUUCAUCAACAACUAAUGAAGCAAAAGCUUCAGCAACAGCAGGCGCACCUUCAACCUUCUCUCCUGCAACAAACCCAUAUGCAACAGCAGCAGCAACAACAACAACAACAACAACAACAACAACAACAACAAAGUCUCAUGCAAUCGAGCCAACAAUCCAGUGGCCUCCAGUCUAGUCAGCCGUCUCUCCAGCAAGCCCAGUCCUCUCAACCAUCCUUAGUUCAGCAAUCGAUCUUAAGGCAAUCACAAACCCAGCAAUCUGUUCCAUCAAGCAUGCUACACCAGCAGCAAAACUCCAUAGUUCAGCAACCAAAUCUUCCAUCUCAACAGCAAAUGGGGCAACAACAACCACAACAACAACAGCAGCAGCAGCAGCAGCAACAAGCACCUCCAUCAAAUAUGAAUCAGAUGUUGGGUCCGCAGGCGAGUAAUCCCCCUGACCUGCAACAACAGCAACAGAGGAUGUUGGGUCAGCAAAAUAUGUUGUCGAACAUGCAACAAAUGGCUCAACAAAACAAUGUCCCCAAUAUGCAUCAACAACAACAAUUGGGCCAACAAAACAGUAUUCCUGGUCUACAACAACAGCAACCAUCCAGUGUGUCUCAGCAUCAGCAUAAUAUUCAUCAGCUUCUCCAUCAGCCAAGAGUUGCUCAAUCUCAACAAGCUUCAUCAACCCUUUUGAAUCAGCAAGGUGCACAGUCUCAGUCCCAAACAUCACAGCAACAGCUCAUGUCUCAGCUUCAAGCUCACCAGCAGCAGCAGCAGCAACAAGUGAUGCAACAACAACCAGGCUCGAUGCAACAGGAUAUGCAUCAAAGACUACAGGCAUCAGGGGGUUUAAUGCAACAUCAGAGUGGUGUUGAUCAGAAACCACUGUUUCAGCAGCAAAGAGGGGUGGCUGAGGCCCCUUCAUCAUCCAUGGAUUCCACAGCGCAGACUGGUCAAUCAACUGCAAUAGAUUGGCAAGAGGAGGUCUAUCAGAAGAUUAAAAGCUUGAAGGAGAUGUACUAUGCAGAACUUAAUGAACUUUUUCAAAAGCUGGUCACAAAAUGCCAGCAGCAAGAUACUCUUGUGCAGCCUCCAUUGCAUUCUGAUCAAAUGGAGAAGCUCCGCCAUUACAAAAACCUCCUUGAACGCAUAAUAGCUUAUUUUCAGGCCCCUAAAAGCAGUCUCUCAUCGAGUUUCAGGGAGAAGCUCCCAGCCUUUGAGAAACAAAUCCUCAAUAUACUUGCUUUAUUCAAGCAGAAGAAACCCACCGCUCAACAAAUGCAGGUUCAGCAGCAACAGCUUCAACAGCAAAGUGGCGGCCAGACACAACCCAUGCAACAGCUACAACCACAACCUCAGAUUCCUCAAAUUCAUCAACAACAACAACACGAAAACCAUGUGAACCCAAUACAACAGGUAAACAUGCAGGGUUCCAUGCCCUCAAUGCAACAGUCUAGUAUGAGCACCCAACAACAUGGGUCUCUCCCCAUGAUGUCCACACAACCCAACAUGAGGAAUGCAAUUCAGCCUGGUGUUUCGACUUUGGACUCGGCACAAGGGAACAGUUUAAAUCAAUUGCAGCAAGGUGCAAUGAGUUCUCUUCAGCCAAGUGGAGUUGGGGUUGGCCCUCUUUCUCAAAAUUCUUCAGGAAAUCCCCCUCAAAACUUGAGCACACUGAAGCUGCAGUUGCAGCAAAGACACAUUCAUCAGCAACUUAUCCAGCAUAAACAACAGUUAAUGCAACAACAGCAGCAGCAGCAGCCUCAACUGCAUCAUCAACAACAACAACAACAGUUUCAGCAUCAGCAGAUGCAGAAGCAACAACAAGCAACUUCUCAUUUGCAGGGUCAUCAAAUCCCUCAAAUUCACCAAAUGAACGAUGCCAACAAUGAGAUGAAGGUGAACCCUACUUUGGGCGUCAAGCCAAUGUUUCAGCAACACCACCAAUUGGGGGGGCAACGUCAAACUUACCAUCAUCAACAGCUGAAGCCUGGUUCGCCCUUUCCGGCCUCUUCCCCUCAACUUCUCCAAGCCUUGUCACCGCAAAUAUCUCAGCACUCAUCGCCCCAAAUAGACCAGCAAAAUUUGUUGGCUCCCUCUCUUCCAAAGGCGGGGACUCCUCUUCAAACUGCUAGCUCACCUUUUGUUGUUCCUUCACCGUCAACUCCUCUGGCCCCCUCGCCUUUACCGGCUGACUCUGAGAAGCAGCAGUCUUCUGGUGUCACGACUGUUUCAAACUCUACAAAUAUAGGGAAUCAACUACAGACAGUUAUUCCAUUGAAUCAGGUGGCCCAAUCAAUGGCAAUUGGUACACCAGGGAUCUCAGCAUCUCCCUUAUUGGCUGAGUUUGCUAGUCUGGAUGGGAAUCAGGGUAAUGUGCCUGCUUUACUCCAAGGUGACAAGUGUACUGAGCGACCCUUGGAGCGCUUGAUGAAAGUGGUAUCAUCAAUGUCAGCAAAAGCUUUUAGCUCAUCUAUAAGUGAUAUUGGCUCGGUUGUGGGAUUGAUUGAUCGAAUGGCGGGAUCGGCCCCAGGCAAUGGCUCUAGGGCAGCUAUUGGUGAGGACUUGGUGGCUGUGACAAAAUGCCGUCUUCAAGCAAGGAGCUUGAUGUCUCAAGAUGGAAGUGCAGCAGCUAAGCGAAUGAGGAGGAGCAUGAGUUCUAUGCCCUUGAACACAGUAUCAUCAGCUGGAAGUGUGAACAAUAGUUUUCGAGAACUGAAUUGUGUGGAAUCCUCUGAAAUAGAGUCGACUGCAACUUCUAGAAUUAAGAAGCCCAAAGUAGAGGUAAACCAGUCUCUGUUGGAAGAGAUCAAAGAGAUAAAUCAGAGGUUGAUUGACACUGUUUUAGAUAUAAGCGACGAGGACACAGAUUCAGCAGCAGCUGCAGCUGAGGGCAGAGAAGGGACAGUGGUUAGAUGCUCCUUCAAUGCUGUAGCUCUGAGCCCUAGCAUGAAAUCCCAAUAUGCGGCCGCACAAGUGUCACCAAUCCUACCAUUGCGGUUGCUUGUUCCAGCAAAUUAUCCCAAGUGUUCUCCCAUUCUUCUUGACAAGUUACCAGUUGAAACAUGUAAGGAGUUUGAAGAUCUAUCAAGCAAGGCCAAGUCGAGGUUCAGUGUAUCAGUUCGGGACCUUUCUCAGCCCAUGUCAUUAGGUGACAUGGCAAGGACAUGGGAUGCAUGUGCACGUAAGGUGGUGGCGGAGUAUGCACACCAGAGUGGAGGUGGCAGUUUUAGCUCACGAUAUGGCUCUUGGGAGAGUUGCGUUAGCGCUUGAUCGAUCGAUCUAUCUAUCAUAAGCUUUCCUUAUGUGCCAAAGAAUCGGUGGUGGAGAUGUACAUUUGUGCAUGGCAAUCGAAGGCUUGCAGACAUAUUAAUUUGUUCAUGUCUUUUUCCUUGUACCAUUGUGUGUGUGUGUGUGUGAUAGUCUUUUAUUUGUGCUUUUUAUGGUUUUUUUUUUUGGGGGUUCGGUGGGGGUGUGAGGUUGCGGUUGUGGGCUGAGGUGAGAAGGGGUGAAAGAUAAGGGAGAAAGUAAGAGGAAGGGGGGAUGUGAGAAAUAAGAGUGUGGAAUACGUGGAAAAGAGAGAAGGUGAUAGAAUUGAAUGAUUUCACCCCCAUUUCCCCAAGGAAAAAUAGAAGCAUGCCAGGUACAUACAUAUAAGGUUGGAGUGCUUAGCCUGUGUUUUUUA